AGUGGGGAGGCGGCAACGACGCCUGCGCAGUGUGACCGGGAUGGCGCAUUUUCUUGCACCGAGUAAUGCGGUGUCGCUGGCGGCCGAGGAGGGCGGAGAGUUCUGUGGUGAAGUAGUGGGAGGGAUUCAUGUGGGCAUCGGGAGGAGCCUUGAUCCGAACUAUAAAGUAGGAAGUUGAUGCUGGGCACCGCUACUCCCGAACCGGCGGCAAGAAAGUCGUGAUAUCAUCGUUGAACCAUCAGCUUUGAAAUUAAAAAGUAAUGGAGAAGACUCAAGAAACAGUCCAAAGAAUUCUUCUAGAACCUUACAAGUACUUACUUCAGUUACCAGGUAAACAAGUGAGAACCAAACUUUCACAGGCAUUUAAUCAUUGGCUGAAAGUUCCAGAUGACAAACUGCAGAUUAUCAUUGAAGUGACAGAAAUGUUGCAUAAUGCCAGUUUACUCAUCGAUGAUAUUGAAGACAACUCAAAACUUCGACGUGGCUUUCCAGUGGCACACAGCAUCUAUGGAAUUCCUUCUGUCAUCAAUUCUGCCAAUUAUGUAUACUUCCUUGGCUUAGAGAAAGUCUUAACCCUUGAUCACCCAGAUGCAGUAAAGCUUUUUACCCGUCAACUUUUGGAACUCCAUCAGGGACAAGGCCUAGAUAUUUACUGGAGAGAUAACUAUACUUGUCCCACUGAAGAAGAAUAUAAAGCUAUGGUGCUGCAAAAGACAGGUGGACUGUUUGGAUUGGCAGUAGGUCUCAUGCAGUUGUUUUCUGAUUACAAAGAAGAUUUAAAGCCACUACUUAAUACACUUGGGCUCUUUUUCCAAAUUAGGGAUGAUUAUGCUAAUCUACACUCCAAAGAAUAUAGUGAAAACAAAAGUUUUUGUGAAGAUCUGACAGAGGGAAAGUUCUCAUUUCCUACUAUUCAUGCUAUUUGGUCAAGGCCUGAAAGCACCCAGGUGCAGAAUAUCUUGCGCCAAAGAACAGAAAACACAGAUAUUAAAAAAUACUGUGUACAUUAUCUUGAGGAUGUAGGUUCUUUUGAAUACACUCGUAAUACUCUUAAAGAGCUUGAAUCUAAAGCCUAUAAACAAAUUGAUGCACGUGGUGGGAACCCUGAGCUAGUAGCCCUAAUACAGCACUUAAGUAAGAUGUUUAAAGAAGAAAAUGAAUAAUAUUUAACCAUUCGUGAUUGGAUCUGAUAGCUUAUUUUAGCUUUUUUUUUUCCAGCUCUUUGCCUAUCACCUUUUUAAAAAUUUGAUCCAAACUGUUAUUCUCCAGAAACUGAGUAAAUAUGGGUGAUGUGAGUUUUUCUCCAUUUAGAAACCCCUCUGUACAGAUAAUCACAAAGUUGAAGGAAUCAAAAGGACCCACAUAUACAUAAGGUCUAAUCUGAAUGUCAGAAAUUGCUGUGGCAGGACCCUGUGACCAACUCUGCCCUACUAUCAUGACUGUCCUGUUGAUUUUGUCAGUAAUAAAGACUUUAGCUUCCAGGAA